AUGUCAUUGGUCAAGCUUGCAAAUACGUGUGCUCAUUUGCAAAACUGCUCAAAAGUUAGAGUAGCCUUAACAUCAAUCCCAUAUACGAAGUUACAACUACAGUUUGCGUACAACCUUUACCAACAGGGAUUCUUGUCGUCUUUGCAAAAAGGGUCAACGAUGGGGCCAGACAAGGAUUAUGUUGAGGUGACACCGGAUAAUAUCUCUACCAGAAGACUUUGGGUGGGAUUGAAAUACAGAGACAACAAACCUGUUCUUAGUAACUGUAGAUUAAUUUCCAAACCAAACUCUAGAAUCUAUUUGCAAAUGGAGGAUAUGAAGAAAUUAUGUUCUGGAGUGACAAUUAGAAAUAUCAAACCUUUACAGCCGGGAGAGUUGAUACUUGUUCGCGCCCAGAACAGUAUUAUGGAUGUCAAUGAAGCCAUUGCCAAGAAGCUAGAUGGCGAAAUACUGUGCAGAGUAAAAUGA